AUGGCGGGAAUCAGUAACUCUUCGCCCUCUCCAAUUGCCAUCGGUAACUGCAAAGUCGUAAUCGAAGGGCACGGCGUUUCUUGCGAGAGCAGCGAGAAAAGUCUUCGCGUUUCCGUCUCCAGUGAUGCAAAAAUCCUAAUUUCAGUGGAUGAUCCAAAGGUUUAUUCGAGAAGGAGAACUUGCAAAUCCACUCUACUAAAUCUCGAACACCAAGAUAAUUGUAUGUUGGGAUUUCCUUCGAGAGAUCACUCAUUCUUGCUCCUAAAUCCUAAAGAUGCAGACAGCCAUAGUAAAUCCCUGCUCCAGCAAGUUCUAGAGCUUUACUUGGAAGAACUUCCUACCAUGAACUAUGCUGCAAAUACUGGAAAGAAAUCCCAAUUUCUUGAAAAAUGUACAACGAGUGGAAAAUAUACGACCUUGGUUCUGAGAUCAGAUCCUGUAAAUGGGUGUGGUGAGGUUAUUGCUGCAGUAUCAUAUCAAAUAAUUCCUAAUGACACUCAAUAUGCUGAAAUACCUCUUACUGCUGUCAGUUCAAAGAACCAAAAAAUGGGUUUUGGUCAAGCCUUGUACAAGGAAUUGAGAGAAAGACUUCAAAAUGUGGGUAUUUUGACAAUAUUUUGCUGGGCAGAUAAGACAUCAGAAGGUUUUUGGCUUAAGCAGGGUUUCAUAACAAUAGGAGAGGUAAACAGCAAAGGCAAAGUUAGCAGGCUACCAAUCAGAGCAGAUAUUAGGAGGGCAUUAUCUUUUCCUGGUGGUUCAAUGCUUAUGGUUGCUCAUGUUAAGAAGGAUACAAGUAAUAUAGGCUGCAACAGUGGUAAAAUUAAUUUAAGAGAGGCUGUGAGGGAGUUUGAUGUUGAUGUUAAAGAUAACUCUUCUCAGCAGAGAAUAAAGAGGCCAAUCUGGGAAGCUUCAUUAUCUUCACUUAAGUCAAAGAGAGUCAGAGGGGCCCAUCUUAUUGGCUGUUGUCAGAACUCAAAUCAGAGUCUUGCUUGUGACAAUUGCUUCUUGCAAUCAUCUAGACACACAGACAUGGCAAAUGUGCUGCCUGACCAUUCUACUAGUCCUAGUUGUUUUGGAAUUCAUGAUGCAGGACGAAGAUCAGGUGACUUAUGUGAUCAUCUGGUUUCAAAAGAAAAUUGUCCUAGAAUAAUGUUCAUGGAUAUUGCUGACGAUGUUAAGAAGACAUGGCUUACUAAGAUAGUUGAGGAACUUGGGGGUUUUGUCACAUGCGAUGGAAGUAACAGCACACAUGUUAUUACUGGAAAAGCACGAAGGACUUUGAACUUCUCCAUAGCUCUGUGCUCUGGAGCAUGGAUAGUGUCCCCAAGAUGGCUGAAGGCAAGCUUCAGGGAAGGCAGGUUUUUAGAGGAGUCGCAAUUCAUUCUAGAAGACGAAGACUAUUUGUUGAAGUACAAGACCGACUUGAGAAAUGUGGUUAAUAGAGCAAAAACAAAUCCCAAAUCAUUGCUCAGAGGAUAUCAUGUCUGCCUCACUAAGCAUAUUCAGCCCUCUGUUGGCAUCGUUUCAACCAUUAUUCGGUCAGCUGGUGGCAAUGUAAUGCAUGGCCUCGGCUGCAUCAAUGAGCCUUCAAGAACCAUCUUUUUGGCAUGUGAAGAAGACAUGUCAGAGGCUUUGUUAGCAGCAAAGAAGGGAGCAUGGACUUUUAGCAGUGACUGGUUAAUGAACUGUGUCAUGAAGCAGGAGCUCGAUCUGGAGGCGCCGCAGUUUGCCGAGUCGCUUUAGGGCUUCACACAAAUCCAAUCGUUUUGAUGGAUAUCAGACUUACUUUUUGGUGGGACUGGCACUUUGAAAGGCAAAUAAUGGAGCAUCAAUCAGACUUCUCUUCAUCUAGUUUCCUGUGUCAUAUUUUUGUCACUUAUCAUUCAAUAUCCAUCACUGCAAAACAUCAUCCUUGAAAAAAACAUGCUUUAUGAUAAGCAUCUGAUUGAUUCUUUGAUAACAUUUCUUCAAUUAUCACAAGUGACAAAAAUAUGACACAGGAAACUAGGAAGUCAUGGGAGGGACAACAAAAAAGCUGGAAAGGGAACUGAUGGAUAGUGAAAUGAGGGCAACCGAUUCAAGCUGCCAUGUAGUUCUAUUUCACCUUGUGAAUCUAGCUUUCCAAGUGAGAAAAUUGGCAGAAGUGGAGCCUCCAAUCCUAGUUCUACAGAUCCGAAGAAGAAUAUAUUGAUAUACUAUUACUUGAUAGAUGAAUUCUAUUGUUUUAUCUUCUUUCUUUUUUUCCUCACAGAGUGUUACAAUUAUUGCCAUGUUUUUAAAUCCUCCUUAUUUCUUGAA